AUGUUUUCCCUUAAUCCCGGCUCUCUCUGCGAUGUCUGCGCAGAGGAGUAUGGCUCGCACAACUACCCCCAUUCUAUCCCGUGUGGCCACAUACUAUGCCUCAACUGCUGCAACAACAUACUGGAAAAGACAUCGCCGCGAAUGACUCCUUCCUGUCCUUUCUGUCGCGUGCCCUUCACUAGCGACACCAUUCGUUUGAUCCGCGUCGACUUCGGUGGCCACGGGAGCGGCUGGUCGACGCCGCGGGCCACCGACGCCCCCGAGGGCCACAUACUCGGUGCGGGCGACGACGACGUACUCUUGUUCAUGGGCGACAAGGACCGGGACAAGACCCGCGUGCAGCUCGAGUCCAAGGUCGCGCGCGUCGCCGGCAAAAAGUGCUCCGUAGAGGAGGUCAAGCACCUGCACCAAGAGCUCCGGAACUGGCUCUCGACGGAUAAGAAGCGUGAUGAGCAGACGGCCGCCCUUGAGCUGAGUUCUGCGUUGCUGCACGCGAUCCUUGUCAACCACGUCGCACACAAGCAUGCCGGCGAGAUGGCGAAGCAAGUCGAGAACAACCUCCGUGACAAGCUGAGGGAGGUACAUAACGAGAAGGAGGAGCUCGAGCAGGAGCUGCACAGAAUGCGCACACAGGCUGCAGCCCGGUCCGCCGAGAUUCAGACGCUUCGUGCUGAGAUGAACCGCCACAAAAUCAAGACCGCGGCGCCGACGCUUGGUGUCCCGACCACGCCGCCGGCUGCCUCGCUCGCGUCUGCGCAGAGCGGGCUCACCUCGCCGCCGCGCCCGUCCUCGACGACCGCAUAUAUGACCUCACGAUCCCGGGCCACGUCGCCGACGUCUCCCACGCCCUCGUCCGCGCGCGCCGCAUACACGCCUGCGACUGCGUCCCCGCUCACACGCAUCAGCUCCGCGUCUGCGGCGAUGCACGGGCACACGCGCUCGGCAUCUGCGAUCCCCAUGCACCGCUCCAUGACCCCCGCCGCGCGCCCCGCCUCCGCGAUACCCGCCCCUGCCUCUGCGCAACCGAUACCCCACCUAUCUGCGAAGUCGCGGCUUUCGAGCCCGCCGCCCGCACUCAAAAUGAGCCGCUCGACGAGCUCCAGCUCGGACGAGAAGGAAAAAGAGAAGCAGCGCCAUGCCCAGCGCGUGCAGCUCAUGGAGCGCUGGAUCCCGUCCAUGGAUCCCGCGUCGUCGAGCCCGCCGACGGGCCCGCCCACCAAGUGGCCGCACCACCAGGCGAGCCAGAGCCAUGCGUCGUUUGUGCCUCCACCCCGGUUCAAGACCCCGUUCUCGGUGCACUCGCCCUAG